UUAACUCUCCUUUAAGCUUCAAGUACUGUCGAGAGAAUGAGGAAGAAGGGAGUGCCGGAGUUCGAGGAAUCGCCGCCGGAUGACUUCGAUCCCCAGGACCCGUACGCGGUGUGGGAGAUGAGGGAGCACCUCAUGAGGGAGAAGUGGAUCGAUAUUGAGAAAGCUAAGAUCAUAAGGGAGAAGCUCAAGUGGUGCUAUCGCGUCGAGGGCAUCAACCACCUCCAGAAGUGCCGUCACCUCGUCCACAAGUAUCUGGACGCCACCCGCGGAAUCGGAUGGGGGAAGGACCAGCGCCCUCACUGGAUCCACGGUCCCAAGGUCGAGGCAGAGUAAUGCAUGAUCUGUUUUGUUCAAGAUAAAGGGAACUGGUGAACUGAUUAAUUCUGAACGUGGAGGAGAGCUGUGGCGUUCCUAAAUAAAGGCCUUGUUGCUUUCUUGUUAGUCCCUUUUGCUUUAGUUGAAGCCUGUGACUUCACAACUUUUCUCUUUUGUUUCAUAUUUCAUGUGUAGAUGCCAGACAUCGUUGGCAUUGCUUGCAUAUUACCUAAUUUUCCUUAUUGGCAUCCAAAUACUGUGAGUGGAACAUAAGUGCAUCAGAUGCAAUCAGGAAAUAAGAAAUAAGCUUCUUGUCGUU